GCCCCUGCGCACCCCACUCAGGUUUGGAUACGUAUAUGGAUACGUUAUGUACUAGACACAACGCCCAAGCAACCAUGAAAGCAUGCAGCGCGUACGUUGAGUGGUAUGAUCCACAGCCAAUGCUGGCCCGAGAGUACUUGCUGCGUGUGUACUUCGAAGAGGGUGAGGUGGAAAUGUAUGAUGUCAAGUCUCGACGAACAUUCCUCAAGCUGUCCCCCUUACCUGCAUCGAUAAAAAAGGAUGAUCUGUACCCAGGAAACGAAAUUGUUUUACAUUCGCGGACCUUGAAGAUAAUUCGGUAUGCAGAUCUAGCCACGGAAAAAAUUCUGACCAAAGCCCUGGAAAGGAGCACCUGCAUUUUGACUCACAAUUGUUUGAAGAAUGGAGAGCUUGGCUCAGCAAUAAGUGUUAUAGAAGGAACUGGCCUAAAAAUCAUUAAGCUCAAGAUGGUGGCGUUUACAGACAUCGAAGCAAGUGAAUGUUCUUCGCUAUUACGUGAGGACUCUCAGAUGGUGGCGCUAUUGAGGUUGAGCAAAUGCGUCGCAGUAACCGUGUUGGGUGUAGAUGCACUUGAUGCACUAAAGCAAGUCUGCAAUGAAAUAAAUGAGAGCUUAGGAAGAGACAGCGUGGAUAAUUUCGCAGUUGCCGCGCCAGACACCUCCGCAGCAACAAAUUUAGACGAGUUUGCCUUUGGACAUUCACGGCGUCUUUCACACUGGCCGACCACCCAGUACGGACCGCAUAGCACUUGCUGCAUCAUACGUCCACAUGCUCUAGUGAGCAAUACACUCGGAGCAAUUUUGUCGCAUAUAGAGGCACCUAAGAUCUAUGAGAUUUCUGCCAUGGCAUUCUUUAGGCUCGACAUCCCCUCUGCCUCAGAGUUCCUUGAAGUUUAUGAGGGAGUCGUGCCUGGGUUCGGAGCUUCGGUCAAACAGCUCAGUUCAGGACCGUGCUGCGCACUUGAAGUGCGAGCUGUAGGCGCUGUCUCUAAAUUCAGGGAAACCGCUGGUCCAUGGGACGUCAAUUUCGCCAGAGAGAUUCAACCUAAAACAAUUCGUGCCAUCUUUGGUAUAGAUGGAGUGAAGAAUGCCGUUCAUUGCACUGACCUCGCUGAGGACAGUGAGCGUGAGCUCCGCUACUUAUUUGAUAUGAUGAAUCCAUGCUAAAUUAACGUCUUGAAAAUACAGUGGCAAUGGACAUAAGUUUUGGGAUUUUCGGAAAGUCCACCACCAAGUGGACCGUAGUUUCACCCCAGUUUGGUACUAGGUUGCCAUUAACCUGUUAAUUACCCGUUAUUAACCUAUAAUUACCC